AAAAAAUGUUUUUAUCUGCUUUCUUAAAUACUGAAGAAUCUAAUACUAUGCCAUUAACUACUUCAACCAUUUCAACUAUAAGCAGAAAAAAACAUAAAGCUAAUACUAGAACUCUUACUGACUAUUAG